AUGUCCGCGGACUUUAUGACAUCUACAGUAAUAAUCCAGCAUAGUUCUUCGCAAAUUGCUGGCCAAUAUCAAGCGGAAGACUUUCAGACCUCCGUUGGAAAUUGGAAAGUUGAAGAGCUCUUGAGUUUGGUACGAAAGCCAGGGGAUUUACCAAUCCCCGAAGGCCUGUAUCUCCUCUGCAAUGGUAGCGAACUUCACCAAGCGUGGCGCCUCUACCCAGACCAUCUAGAUGCAUUUACGACGACGGUCAUCCCUAGCCCAAAGUUCCCAGGCAGGUACGAUGUUCUUGAAGCCCGUGCCGGAGAUGGGUCUUGGCGACCGGUUGCAGUACCUAGCCGACUAUACAGCAAGCCAAAUGAGACGUAUCCCUUGGCAGGAAGAAGAUUGCCAAUCAAGGACAACUUUCGGCUUGCUUGGGUCAAGACAACGCAGUAA